AAUCCCAGAAAGCACUUCGGUGGCGCAAUGAAUGAAGACCCGGAAGUACGGGAAGUUUCCAAGAAGACAGGAACGUCUUACAGGUAACGGUGGGACUGAGCUGGGAGUCGUGAUUUCUGAACAUCUACGGCACAGGUAACAGACUACAAAGAUGGCCACCAAGCAGGAGAGACCCAAGGCAGCCCCCCAGGAUGCGACAGAAGGGGGAGACAAGAGCGACUCCAGAGUCCUCCUGGCAGUGUUUGUGCUCCUGUUGGUGGACCUCCUGGCAUUUACAGUCAUCCUACCACUCAUGCCUUCUCUCCUGGACUACUAUGGACAGGUGGAUCAGGGUGGCCUGUAUGGAGCUAUACAGGAAUAUGUGGACUGGUUUGCUGUGACUUUGGGUAUCCCACAGACCAGGAGAUUUAACGCUGUACUGUUUGGAGGAAUCCUGGGUUCCCUGUUCUCUCUGCUGCAGUUCCUGUCCUCCCCCCUGAUUGGUGCACUGUCAGACGUGUACGGACGCAAGCCUCUCAUGCUCCUAUCUGCUGUUGGUAUAGCGUGCUCCUACGGUGUGUGGACAGUGUCGUAUACCUUUGGUGUGUUUGUCCUGGCCAGAGUACUGGGCGGCAUCAGUAAGGGGAACGUCAGUCUAGCAACAGCAGUGGUAGCUGACCUCAAGUCUGCCAAGUCAAAAGGACAUGGAAUGGCCGUGAUUGGUAUUGCCUUCUCCCUGGGAUUCCUGAUUGGUCCAUCCAUUGGCGCUUGGUUUUCCCGGAUGUCGGAUGAGGGACACUUUUUCUCCACGCCCGCUCUGUUUGCGCUGACGCUCUCCGUGUGUAAUAUCGUGUUUAUCGCUUUCUUCCUACCCGAGACGCUACCAGAAGGAAAGAGAGCCAAGUCGAUUGGUAAUGGACUGAGUGAGGCAUCUUUCCUGGUGAACCCCUCUUCUCUCUUCAGUUUCUCUGCUGUCAAAAAUCUGACAAAGAAAGAGCUGGGGAGCCUCCAGUCUCUGGGAGCCACAUACUUCCUGUACCUGUUCCUGUUCUCUGGGCUGGAGUAUACACUGACAUUCCUCACUCAUAAUAGGUUCCAGUACACCAGCAUGCAGCAGGGCAGGAUGUUCCUGUACAUGGGUUUGAUCAUGUUGGUGACCCAGGGGGGGUACUCCAGGCGAAUCUCACCUGGGACCGAGAAGAAAAUAGCAAGCAGGGGUAUGGCCAUCCUCAUUCCAUCCUUUAUUCUGAUUGGUGCAGCUGAGUCCACGCUCCUGUUCUACAUUGGGCUUGGCCUUUUCUCUUUCGCCUCUGCAACUGUUGUUCCCUGUCUGACAGCUAUCACAUCGUCAUAUGGUGGUACAGACCAGAAGGGAACUGUUAUGGGAAUUUUACGUUCCCUAGGGGCUCUGGCACGAGCCUUAGGGCCAGUGGCUGCAUCUACAGUGUAUUGGGGACUUGGUGCUCUACCUUGCUAUGCGAUGGGAGGUCUACUUCUAUUCAUCCCUGUACUUAUGUUAGCUAAGGUACAAACAGCCACAGACAAGACUGACUAACUCACCUGCGCCUGUUUGUUCUCCUGAUUUGGGACCAAAUCUUCAACAUGAUAACACAAAAGCAUCUGUUCUAAGGCCUAGGAAAAAUAAUGUUGUGUUUCCGGGUUGCAGUCCUGAAAAAAAUUGUAGGAACUCUUUUUAAUCUCAUCUUUUUUUUUCUUACAUUUCGUCCGAAGUGAUCUAACAAAUGCAGGACUGGUAAAACUGAAUUGCUUCAGGUACUGGUAUUUUCAAAAUGAUAUUUUAAUCCUACAGAUAUCCAUUGUAAUUAUAUAGAUAAUCUGAUGUACAAGCAUUUAGCAUAUUUCAUAAACUGAACAGAGAGGUACAUUGACAUUGUUUAGAGCUACAUAUUCUUACAAUUUUUGUAUAAAUGUUCAAAGCCUUAAUUUGUUGACACAGUGCAAAAUACAGGAAGUCAGUUUUGAAUUUUGUCACUGAUGUCAGAUCGAAAAUUUUACGUCCAUUGCCAUUGGUCU